ACAAUUUAAAGAAAACUAAUAAUAUACAACAGAAUGUUACUUUACUUCUUACGAUGGCGACGGGUCCUAGCGUUGUACUGUGCAGCAUUAUCAGCUACACUCACAUCAGCAGACCCUUCACGAACCGUGCCGCCAGUAGCCACUUCACCCUUCCAGUCACCAGGGGACAAGGACGAUGAACUAGCCCCAGCAGAAACACCAGACACUGGGGUGGCGACAGCAGAAGACACAGUGGAAGUACUAGUGGCAGCAGGAGAGCUGGCACCCGUCCUUCCUCCAACCUCGGGAUGUGCCAGUGUGUUUGUCCAGGUGAGGAAUGCUUUGUACAGAGCGUUGUUUGUCAAUAGUUGCCUGAAGUGGUGUCAGGGGCCUAACGCCAUCUCCUACCAGGAGGCGGCGGAGCUGGUUGUGGGCUACCACUGCUCCCUCCGGCACAGCAUGGGCGGGCCGCAGUGCAGCAUUGUCACGGUAGUGGUGGGCAGCGUGGCGCGACCAAGCCCUGAGGCGGAGGCCAUGUCGGCGGGCCAGGUGGUGCUAGUGGUGGUGUUCAGCACCGCUAUGCCAGUGCUGGUGGUGGAAUUGGUGUUGGUGAUCGUGUGCAUGAAGCGGAAACGCGUACGUGACUGCCCGUGUCGGGAUGAGGAGGCGCGGCUUCAGAACGAGUAGAACAUGGUGCACAACGCUGUGGGCGCCGUCAACAGUGUGUGGACCACCACAUGAUCUUCUACUCCCUAAACUUCCCCAUCAAGAAACCCCUAAACACCAUGCCACCGACUCCUCCCCUUGCAUCACCCACACCACACCCACCUUUACCACUAUCACCUCCAUAACCACGACUACGAGAAUCCCGCGGAGAACGCAUACUCCGCAGUGCCCAUGCGCAGCAGCAGUACUCAAUAAGGAUGUGUCGCGGGUCUCGCUUGCUGACCGCCUCGAAAAGGCCAUUGAGGCACCGCCCAAACCCCGCGUCACGCCCACCUCGGACUCCAGCGCCCCAUGCAAGGUGUUCCGGAAUUCCUUCCUGCCGCGCACAUACAGCCACAGGCCGAAAUCAAGCGACCGCCGGCAGAGAGGAGUCUUCUCCUGGACGUUUGAAGAGUACCACCUUCUUGAAGCACAGAGCACAGACAGCGCUGGAAACUGGACUACUACAGUUUGAGCAGAGUCCAACAUCUGUGUAUCUGCACCAGAAUCAAGUGUCCAGGGAGGAAAUGAUACGUCUGCAGAGAUGUGCCAGGAGGAGGGACUCUUGGAACAGGCCUUCACACAACAGGGAUUGGGGUGGGGGUGGGGGGACCUUAUAGCAGCAGGUGACUAGGAGAGAGGUUCCCACAAGAUGCAACACACCACAUCCUCCAAACGCAAAAUAUAUUUGCCAAUAAAGGCAAGUUUGUGUGCCACUCUGUUGAUUUGAAGCAGCAAAACGUGCGGGUAUGACACCGUGUUGUAAUCAAUUGUAUAGUAUUGUCUAGUAAUCAA